GUGGCCGGCCCGAAUCGCUGGCGGCUCAGUCCGUCGGCCCAUCGGUCCGCUCGUCCGCUGCCGGUGCUGAGCCCGCCUAGGCCGUCGUCGCUGUCCCUCCGUCUCUCCGGCCCGAAGCGGCGGCCGGGCGCUCACCAUGUCGUCGUUUAUCUGGGUGCAGCUGAAGAAGACCUCGGAGGUGGACCUGGCCAAGCCGCUGGUGAAGUUCAUCCAGCAGACGUACCCGAGCGGCGGCGACGAGCAGGCCCAGUACUGCCGCGCGGCCGAGGAGCUCAGCAAGCUGCGGCGCACCGCGCUCGGCCGCCCGCUCGACAAGCACGAGGGCUCGCUGGAGACGCUGCUGAGAUAUUAUGAUCAGAUUUGUUCCAUUGAACCCAAGUUCCCAUUUUCAGAAAAUCAGAUCUGCUUGACAUUUACGUGGAAGGAUGCUUUUGAUAAAGGUUCCCUUUUUGGAGGAUCUGUAAAAUUGGCUCUUGCAAGCUUAGGAUAUGAAAAGAGCUGUGUGUUGUUCAAUUGUGCUGCCUUAGCUAGCCAGAUUGCAGCAGAGCAGAACCUGGAUAAUGAUGAAGGAUUGAAAACCGCUGCUAAGCAGUACCAGUUUGCUAGUGGUGCCUUUUUACAUAUUAAAGACACAGUUUUAUCUGCCUUAAGUCGAGAGCCUACUGUGGACAUAUCUCCAGACACUGUUGGGACCCUCAGUCUUAUUAUGCUUGCCCAGGCUCAAGAAGUAUUUUUCUUAAAAGCCACAAGAGAUAAAAUGAAAGAUGCCAUCAUAGCUAAGUUGGCAAACCAGGCUGCAGAUUACUUUGGCGACGCUUUCAAACAGUGUCAGUACAAAGAUACUCUCCCCAAGGAGGUAUUCCCCACCCUGGCUGCAAAGCAGUGUAUUAUGCAAGCCAAUGCUGAGUACCACCAGUCAAUCUUGGCCAAGCAGCAGAAGAAGUUUGGGGAAGAGAUCGCAAGGUUGCAGCACGCAGCAGAACUGAUUAAGAAUGUGGCCUCUCGCUAUGAUGAAUAUGUCAAUGUGAAGGAUUUUUCUGACAAAAUCAGCCGUGCCCUUACUGCAGCAAAGAAGGAUAAUGAUUUCAUUUAUCAUGACCGUGUUCCAGACCUUAAAGAUCUGGAUCCUAUCGGCAAAGCCACUCUGGUGAAACCCACCCCAGUCAAUGUACCCAUCAGCCAGAAGUUCACAGAUUUGUUUGAGAAGAUGGUCCCUGUGUCUGUGCAGCAGUCCCUGGCUGUGUUUGGUCAGAGGAAAGCUGACUUGGUUAACAGAUCAAUCGCACAAAUGAGAGAAGCUACUACCUUGGCAAAUGGGGUAUUGGCUUCCCUCAACCUUCCAGCAGCAAUUGAAGAUGUAUCUGGAGACACUGUACCUCAGUCUAUACUUACCAAGUCAACAUCUGUGAUUGAGCAGGGUGGCAUCCAGACUGUUGACCAGCUGAUAAAAGAACUCCCUGAGUUACUACAAAGAAAUAGAGAAAUCUUAGAGGAGUCUCUAAGAUUGCUGGAUGAAGAAGAAGCAACUGAUAAUGACUUAAGAGGAAAAUUCAAGGAGCGCUGGCAAAGGACUGCAUCCAGUGACCUCUACAAGCCUCUCCGAGCAGAGGGAUCCAAAUUCAGAGCGGUUUUAGAUAAAGCUGUGCAAGCAGAUGGAAAUGUGAAAGAGCGUUACCAGUCCCAUCGCGACACCAUCGCACUUCUGUGUAAGCCGGAACCUGAGCUGAAUGCCGCCAUCCCCUCUGCUAAUCCAGCAAAGACCAUGCAGGGCAGUGAGGUUGUAAAUGACUUAAAAUCCUUAUUGUCAAAUCUUGAUGAACUAAAGAAGGAAAGAGAGGGUCUUGAGAAUGACCUGAAGUCAGUGAAUUUUGACAUGACAAGCAAGUUUUUGACAGCCCUGGCCCAGGAUGGCGUGAUAAAUGAAGAGGCUCUUUCUGUCACUGAGUUGGAUCGGAUCUAUGGCGGUCUAACAACUAAAGUCCAAGAGUCUCUCAAGAAGCAGGAGGGACUUUUAAAAAACAUACAGGUCUCACACCAAGAGUUUUCUAAAAUGAAGCAGUCUAACAAUGAAGCUAACUUGAGAGAAGAAGUUCUGAAGAACUUGGCAACUGCAUAUGACAAUUUUGUUGAACUUGUAGCUAACUUGAAGGAGGGCACAAAGUUUUACAACGAGCUGACUGAAAUCUUGGUCAGGUUCCAGAACAAAUGCAGUGACAUCGUGUUUGCACGGAAGACAGAGAGAGACGAGCUCUUGAAGGAUCUGCAGCAGAGCAUUGCCAGAGAGCCCAGCGCUCCUUCCAUCCCUCCUCCAGCAUAUCAGUCCUCCCCAGCUGGGGGGCAUGCGACAGCUCCUCCAACUCCAGCUCCAAGAACCAUGCCGCCUGCGAAGCCCCAGCCUCCAGCCCGGCCUCCACCUCCUGUGCUUCCUGCAAACCGAGUCCUUCCUGCUGCUGCUGCUCCCACAGGGGCAGGGACUGCUUCACCAGCACCGCCACAGACCCCUGGCUCUGCUCCUCCUCCACAGGCUCAGGGACCACCGUAUCCUACCUAUCCAGGGUAUCCUGGGUAUUGCCAAAUGCCCAUGCCCAUGGGCUACAACCCCUACGCAUAUGGCCAGUACAACAUGCCGUAUACACCGGUGUACCACCAGAGCCCCGGACAGGCUCCGUACCCAGGACCCCAGCAGCCUACUUACCCCUUCCCUCAGCCCCCACAGCAGUCUUACUACCCACAGCAGUAACCCUGCCACGUGCCGGCGGGUCAGACCGGAGGGACAGGACAGCGCUGCGUCAGUGUUCUAAGCCAUGUUCUGGUCACUCAAGCAUACUUUGCUCUACCGGUUGCCGUGGAUACUUUCUGUCUGUGGCUAAAAGCCGAAGGCUGGGCCCCACUUCCACAUUUGAUCGCACUCGUGAGAUUUUGCUGCUGUUGCAGUAUGAACACUAGGUAUAAUAGCAUUUGAAAAAAAUUACAGUUCAUAAAACGUUGAAAAUGAGAAUUUAAACCUGCAAGUGAAACAUUUGAAAUUAGCAUACUUUAUAAGAUGCGGUUGGAACAAAGAUGGCUUAAGUACUGAUAUUCAAGGAAAAAGUUUUCUUUUUCUUCUGGUUUAUUGAUUUAGUUUAAUUUCUAUUAUAUUUUGCAUAAUCAAGGCAUUGUAAAUCUUAUAAUUUAAAAAUAAAUUACUUAAGAACAGUUGUCAUUGUUAUGUUUUGUCAUUGAUUCUCAUUGCUGUCUGGUUCCUUUCUGGUAUUAGCCUUUCUUUUGUAUGUUCAUGGGUUAAAUGUACUGUGUUGAAAUGCAUGAGCAGCGCCGGAUAGCAGUCAGGUUCAAGGUUGCAACAGGAAAGCACAGCGCUUAGCUCUGCAGUUCAUCUUUCAUAUGCUGAAUAGUAAGCUCAUUUUCAAAAGUCCUAUAAUGUGGGAGACACACAAUUGUUACCAAAGAUUCUUCAAAUAAAUAUAAAAUUUAAAAAGUGUAUAUUUAAUGUUUCAUUGUUAGAUUUUCCAAGAAAGUGAUGCAAAUUCUGGUAAUAAUUUAUUUCCCCUCACCCACAAUCUGGUUUAAAUAAGUAGCUGCCAUUGACAGUACCAUCUGAUGUGGUGGAAAGUUCCCUGUGCCUUUCUCGUCCUUGGUUUCAGCUGGUCUUCUCCUGUAAUGUCUAAUGCACAGUAUGUUUGAACGGAUCUUAACCCUUCCUUUUAUAAUUUAUUUUUAAAAAAAUUUUUUGUGGCUCCUGAAAGCUGAGGUUAUUUUGUAACCCAGGGAACAGUUCAACAGGACAGUUGUUGGGGACACAUGCUGAGUCUGGAAUAGGCUGGGUCCUCAUGAGUCUGCUCUGACAACGCUUAGUUGCUGUACAAGCCUCCAUGACAAUGAGGAGAUGCAUCCUGGACAGGGGGAGCCAUACAAGUGGGAGCUCAGGGCCUCGGGGGCUCUGUCUGUGUGAGCUUUUCCAACAUGUUAGGUGUAUGAGCAGACUUCUAAUCUGUGUUUGUUUUCUGAGUUUAAUGCUACCUUUCUUACAUUAUCAUCUCAGUUAAAUGAUACUGUCACUCAGUCCACUGUUGGUUUCAUUGACAAUUUAGGCUGAUAUUUAAAUGUAAGACUGAAGAUACAAUUGUAAAAGGGAGUACAUUGAUUUAAACAAAUGUGUAUUUUAAAUUACCUUAUUUUGUUGUAUGCAGAAAACACAAAAGUUGUGUUACUUCACUACAAAUGACUGAUUACCUGGAAUAUGGACAUUGGCUUAAAGUCUGACAGCUAAACCUUGGCAAAACUAACAGUUAAACAUAUCAUUGCUCAGCUUCAAUGCUUUGGAUUACUCAGUGUAUGAGACAGGUUUAUUUGAGUCCUCUGUAAAUGGCAUUUAAGUUCUAUAUUCUCCCCACUUGAGUUUCUUAUACUGACAUAAGACAUCCCCUGAGUUAGGGAGGUCCCAGAUUGCUAGUCUAUAUUCCUUACCAAUGCAAAACAGCCACCAAAAAAAAAAAAAAAAAAAAAAAAAAUGGCCUGAAUAUUCUCUUGGGGAAGGGGGUGGAGGUCUAAAGGAAAGGAUGAAUGUAUUAGAGCCAAAGGGAGGAGGGGCCAGGCCAGCAGCCAUUCCCUCGCUGCACUGGGCUAUUCCUGCAGGGUCAUGGGAAGGUCAGCGUGGGAGGGAGCCCCCAGGCUCUGGGGCAGCCCCUCUCAGUAGCCUCCUAGGUCAAGUCCUUAGUGAAGCCUCUUGUGUGGCAGGCCCCCCUUGCCAAGAUGCCCCCUCUUGCCAGGGCUCUCAUCCUUGACGUUGCUCAGGAUGUUCCUCCGGUCUCUGGGCAAGGCAUUGAGCUGCCGUGCUAGGUUUGCCUUCCUAGGUCUGUCUGGUUCGACAAGGGCGAUAGAAAGCCUCUGUCUGCCCGCUGUCCUUCUAGAAAGCAAGAUGGCAGCCCUCACUGGGGUGCUUUGCCAGCACACUUCUGUGCUCGGUUUGCUGUGCUCUUCAGAGUAUACUAUAGAAGUUACUAUGCACGAUGCUGUUUACUUGGAGGUAGAGGGUUCCACUCUGGCUUGAGUAUGUUACCCCGUGUUUAUAAUUAGACUUUCUGUUACCUUCUUAAAUUAAGGUACCCACCCUCAGGCCAUUUAUGAUGGCUUCCUAAGCCUAUUAUGAAAUGGAUUACCUGCCAGCUACUGAAGCUUUGCUGAGAAACCAGUGAGAAGUGGGGAAAAGCCAUCCAGCUUGGAUUCCUGUCCUCAGAUGGGCAGCUUGACCACUGGGUAUGGUGUCAAUCUGAGUCUGAGAGCUGUUGCUCUGCUCCUUGGUCUUUCUCUUAGUUGAGAAAAGCAGUCACGUGUCACCAUGCAGCAACCAGUCUCUCUGAGACACCCCAGGUCCACACUCUGGCACCCUUGCAAUCAUGCUCCCCAGUGUAAAUGAGGGUGUCACUGUUGUACCCCACUCUGUUCCAGCCAGCUACCUUUCUAGUCAAGACAGGUCUGUUUUUUCCAUUGAGCUUUACAGUUUGCAAACAUUCCCUUGUAUACAUUUCCUAAUUUCAUGAACAGGAUAAUAAAACAGUAAACAGGCCUCAGUUUGCUAAUGGGAAUUUUUAAUCAAUGACUAGGGUGUCUUGCAGCCUUGCUACAGCCCCAUGGCAUAUCAUUUCUAAGACUUGUGCAGUUGUUAGUUGACUGAUACUGUAGAACAGGGCACAAGCUGGACCAAACCUUUGCAAGAAGAGUUAAAAUUGCUGGUUUAAAUACAGAUUUAGAAUUAAAUGAAGAGCAAGAAGGGAAAUUAUAUUUUUAACAAAAGAGAAUAUUCAGGCUUUAUUUCUGGUAUGAAGUUUAUAUUUUUUAAGAAAAUAUAUCCUAUAUUAUCACACCAGAGAUUUUAGAUUCCUUUCUGGUUACAAACAUUGCUGGUAGUUGGAUUAUAUUUUUAUUGUAUUCAUUUCUCUUAGGGGGAAAAUUGUAAAGAAACAAAAAGAUUCCGGAUGAAUGUAUCCUAGAAAUAAAAGUUGAAAGAUUCUUA